AUGGAAAUUGACCCCCAAACUGUCAGAAAGGACAAGGUCCGUGACCUCCUACGGAAUCUGGGCCCGCCAGUCGACCAGAGCUCUCGAACUGCAGCCCAGGAGACAUACAUACGAAGACUUCGCGGAGAUAUCGAACGUACAAAGACGUUUCUACGCCAGGCUAAGGAAGCCAAUGUUCAAUUACAAGACGAAACAGCAGCAAAUUCUACUUGGGACCAUUACACGUGUCAACAGGCGCAUCUAAUAAGUCUAUACGAAGCAUACAAAAAGCUUCCGUACAUGGCAAUGAAGAACGACCUGAUAGGGAUUGCCACAGCUGCGUCAUUGACGAAAAAAGCUGUGUAUGAGCAGAGACAAACGUCCAAGCAGAUUGAAGACGAUAACAUCGAAAUUGAAAGAGCCAACGUACAGCAAACACAAUUAUUGGCCGACUACAAGGAAAUUGACGAACUUCUCAAACAGCGUAUCCAAGCACAUCCCGAAAGAAUGGAUAAGCUCCGAGCUAAACUUAGACAAUCGCAGCCAUUGGAUAUGGAGCUUGAACUGAAACUCGAGUCUGUGCAGAAUGCAACAGCAUCCAUGAAGGCAGUGGAAGAACGUAUGUACCAACAUGUUAGGCGGGUGGUUACUAAACUCUAUGCUUUGCAGGACUGGGAGAAUGCUAGUGUCAUGGAUGAGCAAACCUUCAAAACGAGCAUUAUGCUGGCAUUGUCAUUGAUUGUAACUCUCGUGACAAGCUUGCUUUCGCCCCAGGAGAAAUGGGUGGCCGUGCCUACGGGAGGGCCGGAGGAGAAAUUGCUACUGGUGAUGAUCAGAAAUAACUUGGUGGUAGUUCGAGGAAACGAGGUGCGACUUCGAGACUACGGGUUUGAUGAAUAG